AUGCUCCUCAUGGACCUGAGCGUGGUCAAUCUUCCCGAAGGAGUCGUCCACCUGGACGUGUGGAAGCUCCUUAGCCCACAGCUCUCGGUGACCAUUUUCGCAGUGGUGUUCUACAACAACCAGUGCUACUCCCGCUACAUGAGCUUAUACAGCACCUGCGUGGAUAUCGACGUGAACGAGAAAGAGUUCGUCUCGGAGCUCCUCAUCAACUUCGGCUACGACCCCACCCUGCGCAAUCACGUGAGGCAGGCAGCAAAGUUCAGCUUGGCCGCCAUCUUCUUUUUCUACUUGUCCAUGGAAGACGAUCGCCACUUGAUGACGACGUGGUCGGUGAUUCAGGAGAAAGGUUUGCUCACAGAGGCGGAGGUCAACUCUAUCCGGAGCUUCCCUGGCACGACGUCGAACCUGUUGCUGCACUGGUGCAGUGCCGUGGUGAAGGAUGCGGUAUCACAGCUCCGGGCCCGGGGCAAGCCCUACACGCCGCCGGAGCUCUCGGGCAUCUCCUCGCGGAUGUACGGCAUCAUUGACCGCAUCGGGGCCUGCUCCCUGACCGUCAGGAGCAUUCAGAACAUGCCCGUGCCCUUCUCCUACUUUCACUUGCUCAACAUCCUCAUCUCCUUCACCGUCCUCGCCACAGGCAUUGGCAGCUUGAUCCUGGUGGAGCAGUAUGACGCCCCCUCCUACUGCUUGGCCUUCUUCCCGUACGCCGUGGUCACCUUCGUGCUGCUCGCCCUACGCCAGCUGUCCGGCGAGCUGGCGGAUCCCUUCGGAACAGAUGAUUUGGACUUCCCCAUCGCCGACUUUAUGCGCCACAUCUACGACAACGUGGUGGCCAUGCUCGUGAUGGCGGACCGCUAUGACCCCGUGGAGAGCCUGCAGAAGGGCACCGGGGAGUUCACACCGGAGAUGAUCAAGCGCCCCUGCGAGGGCCCGCAUGCGGAGAACCCCCUGCUCACCGCGAUCCUGCAGAAGCAGGCGUCGCGCAUGCAGAGCCUCAGCGCUGCCCACCAGGGUAGCGGGCGCAAGUCCUGGAGGCGCCUCAUCGAGGACGACGGCGACGUGGCGGCCUACGGCCCCAGGAAUUGGAAACGCCCCGAGGACUUUGAGGGGGCGGCCAAACUGGUGCGGUGGAUGGACGGUGGCGAAAUCGAGCUUAAGGCCAAGACCAUCGGCGCGUCUUUGGAAGAGGAGGCAGCGGUCGUCUCUGCGACCCCUCAGCCCCCCAAAGCGGAAGAGAAGAAGGCGGCGACUCCGGCACCGGCUGCUCCACAGGAUGCGAGCUGUGCCGCGUCUUUGCAGCACAUCGAGCAGCACAUGAAGAAGCUGCUGGUGUGCAUGUCCGAGCUGAAGGACAGCCUGGCAGCGUCAGCUGCGCCGCUUGAGGAGAAGAAAAAGGACGUGCCAGGGCGGACUACCGUGAAGAAGCCCAAAAAGCAAGAGGAGGCUUCCAAGAACGAGUGA